AAAAAAUUAUCACUUCCUAAGUUAUCUAUGGAAAAAUUACCGUUACCUAUAAAACAAUAUGAAGGAUUAUUAGAACAAUUUCGUCAUGAAUUAACGCCAUAUUUGAAAAGAUAUGAAGAUGUACAAGAAGGGGAAAAGAAUUUAUCAAAAGAAACAAUAUAUAAAUUAUGCGAUAGGAUGAAAAUACGGUCAAAAAUUAAUUAUUUUAUAGAAGCAUUAGAAAUAUGCCACAAACGAUACCCUCAUGUUUAUGAUAGAAAAGGACUAGUUGCAGGAAUGUUUAUUAUAAUGUUAUUUUAUUUGAGAGGGGAAAAAAAUAUAAAUCAUGAAGAAAAAGAAGAAAUUUUAUUUAUAUUGGGUAUAGAUUAUAUGAAGCAAAAGGAAUUGAAAUAUUGGAUUGACUUUGUUAAAGAAGAUAAUGAUAAAUAUAAGUGGAUAGACUCUAUUUUUGAAAAGAAAAUUGAUGAAUCAAUGGAAAUAGAAUCUGCUAUAGAAUCUAAACCACAAUGUCGAGCAGUCAGUGGGAUAGGGAUGAUGAUCCAUCCUCAAAUUGAUUUUUAUGGAGAUAAACAUUAUUCAGAAUAUUUAAAAUGGAAAAAAAGUAUUUUAAGAAGGAUAUCUUUAAUAAAAGAAUCAAGGAAUCGAAUAAAUGAAUAAAAAUUGGCAUAUGUAACAUAAUUGCAUAAAACUCAUAAAAAGGACUCAAAGAUUGCAAAUCUUCUUACAAUUCCAGGCCCAUAUUCUUCAUAAUCCUUUUUUGUAUAACAAUAUGAUAAAAACUCAGGCUUUAAAAAUGAAUUAGAAUUAUUAAAUAAAGAGAAACUUACAGCUUGUGAUAUUAAACUUGCACCAACAAAAACUGCAUUUUUUUGCUUUUUAUGUGAAAUAACAUUAACUUCUAAUC